GAGAGGCCGAGGCGAGAACGCGCGCCUCCCGGAAUCCCCGGCGACGAUCGCGAGCGCCGCGUGGGCGGACGUCUAUGGGAGAAAAUUCAUCCCAGGAAUUCGUGAUAAAAUACAGUGAUAGCGUAUCCGUAAAUCUCUCCCCCUUAGAGUCGACCACGCUCUCCCGUUCGACGUUCGACGCACGGUAACGAUAUCCAUCACCGAUUCCUACGAGCAGCGGCGAAGGAACCGAGGACCGAUUCAUUUUAACCGGACCAUCGUACUCCCGACUCUCUGCCCCGCGAGUUUCGAUUCGCGCUGCCCCCGGUCCGCGGGAUAAAAUUAAUUCACCUCGGGGUAAAUUUAAACACUGACGCGGCAUUUGUUGCCGAGUCAAUGCGAGGGAUCAAAGAGGAGGCGUCGAAGGGACAGGGAGCCCGGUCCCCUGCCGGGCAUUUUUUCUCGGGCGAAAGGAACGAGGGGAAACGAGGGAACUCCGUCGCGGCGCGGUCGGUAAAGUAGGCCGCGCUCCUACGGCCGGACGGGGAGGCUCGCUCGGGGCGAGGAUGGCGACGCCGCGGUGACGCGGCCCACGCGGCAACGGGAAGGCGAGCGAUCGCCGCGGAGUCUCUCUCGGCUGCUCUCGGGUGGAUCCCUCGGGGGAGACGAUGUGGGUCGGGGGUAAAGGGGAGUCGCGAUGAUUUGACUCCUCCGGCGCGUCUCUACGGUGUCCUUGGCUUCGCCGUAGCGAGACUGCCAUUCGUUCUAGCUUUAGCGCCGCAGCGCUUCUACGUUCUAUUUGCCCGCGACCGUGCGCGCGCACCGCCUCGACUGGUAAACAAGUAUGCUUGUCACCCGCGCGAAUAGCGCAGGGGCGACAGGGUUACCAAUAUUACUAGGACAAUGGUAACGUGAGAACGGGAACAUUUUAUUCGCCCACUUUGAGACGAGAUGAGACUUUGAACGUGGGAGUCAGAGUUCGGGCUCCGGAAGGGCCGACCCUCUUCGAAGGAGCGUCCCCAAUUUCCCAGCGGAUCCCCCUGGCUCCGAGCGAUAAUGCCUUAUCGAAAAGAGGACACGGAGGCUCGAAACUUCUCAAAAGUCAACGGGGAUUAAGGGUUAGGCGAAGUAGAAAGAGAACGCGUGGGGUUCCUGAAAAAGUCCAUUGGAAUAAAAAACAUGGAGACCCACGUAUCGACCGUCGAAGAAGUGUUGGAAAAGUUAGGAUGGGGCGAUGGAUUUCGAAUUCCAGUUGCGAACGAAGAAAACAGACGGCUUCAGUUGGAGAUCGAGAGAAAAACCGAACACAAGUCCUCGUUGAGCAAUGAGUUGGAAAAGUUGGAGGGUCGCGUCACCAAGAUCGCGAAGCACUUGAAUCUCGUGGCCCUUGAACACGGGCUCAAUCAGAAACUCCUUACGGCUCAUUCGGGUCAGCUGGAUGCCGAAGAACACCUGUAUCGACUAGCCGAGAACACGCGUUCAAAUGUUCGCCAAUCGGCUCGUCAACUCCAGAAGGAAAAGAAGGACCUCGUCGAAAGGAUUUCCCUCGUCGAGAGCGAAAUCACGAAAUUGUCAGCCAAGCUAAAGGCUUCAAAGACCACCGCGGAGUUUGAAAAGGAUCGUCUACUGAGGUGGGAAGAAAUCCUGCAACGGGAGGAUGAACGUAACCAGCUGAUUAACAGAUACGCGAAACUCGACGAGAAAAAAUUCAAGGAACUGGAGCUUAAGCGGCAGAAACUUGAGGUGGAGUUGAAGGAACUUAGGGGAACCGUUUUUUCUACCUUCGAUGAUGUCCACGAAAUGGAGAUUUUCCUUGACAGAACUGCGAAGGCAUAUGUCGAUGCUCUGUCGGAACGACGGCGAUUAAUCGAUCAGUGGUCGCAGAGUGUAUUGGUCCUUCGUCAGAGAGAUAAUGGUAUUCAAGAUGCAGUCAGGGAAAUAGACACUUUAAAGGAGAUCGGAAGAGAAAAAGUAGACGCGUAUAAUGAAGCUGUGCAAUUCUUUGAGCAUCAAGUGGCAGACAAUAAACAACUCGAAGAGUUAAUCAGACAACUGGAAAAAAAACAUGCAAUGGUGAAAGACGAAUAUCGCGGGCUUCUCGAUACCAUUGGAGUGUAUCGAAACGAGUAUGGAACUCAAAAGAAAUAUUUGGAGGACCUUUCGCGCCGAGCGCAGAGUAUGCGCGUGAAAACCAAGAAAAAAAGAUUCGACAUUGAAAGUAAAUUCUUGAAGGUAGAAGAAUUGCGAAAACAAAACAAUGAUCUCAGGAAAACCUUCGAAGAAAUUAGCAGUCAGCAAUUAAGCAUCGCAGAAAGAGAGAAACAAUUUGAAGACAUGCUUCAGAGAGAAGAAAGGCGAAAACAUUUGAUCAUGAAAGAAACGAGCAGAAUUGAAGGAUUAAAUUUGCGAGCCACAAAUCGCGAGAAUGAACUGGAAAGUGAAAGAAAGGCAUUGGAGAUACGAAAUCAAGCCGAACACAAGAAGGUGAACGUUUUGGCAGCUUUUCAUCUUAAGGAAGAAAAGCGAUUGAAAGAUAAGAAAGAGGAAAUAUAUCGUUUCGAUUUUGAAAUUCAACAAUGCGAAGCGCGCCUGGCGCGCCUGACCGGUCAGGAUUGCGAUAAGACAGAAACUGACAAGAAGCAAAAAGCCUUUGACGACCUGCGAAAUGUUUUCAAUGAAAAGACAGAAAUUGCGAAGCUAUUACAGGCUCAAAUUACAAACUUGGAAGUGAGUGGACUAAUUUAUUCGUUCUUACAUCAAUAGAAUUUCUAUUGGUAACGUAUCGUUUUUACUUUCUCACAAGUGAGUAGUUAUUUAUCAAAUAAUGACAAAAUUCACCUAGAACUGUUACUUUCUCGU